AUGUGGGAGCUGCGGUCAGCCUCCUUCUGGAGGGCCAUAUUUGCUGAGUUCUUUGCCACCCUCUUCUAUGUCUUCUUUGGGCUGGGGGCCUCGCUGCGUUGGGCCCCGGGACCCCUGCACGUCCUGCAGGUGGCUCUGGCCUUCGGCCUGGCCCUGGCGACCCUGGUGCAGGCGGUGGGCCACAUCAGUGGCGCCCACGUCAACCCCGCGGUCACUUUCGCCUUCCUGGUGGGCUCCCAGAUGUCCCUGCUCCGCGCCAUCUGCUACAUGGUGGCCCAGCUCCUGGGGGCCGUGGCCGGGGCCGCGGUGCUUUACAGCGUCACCCCGUCGGCCGUCCGAGGAAACCUAGCGCUUACCACGCUGCACCCUGGGGUGAGCGUGGGCCAGGCCACCAUAGUGGAGAUCUUCCUGACGCUCCAGUUCGUGCUCUGCAUCUUUGCCACGUACGACGAGAGGCGGAAUGGCCGCCUGGGCUCCGUGGCCCUGGCUGUGGGCUUCUCCCUCACCCUGGGGCACCUCUUUGGGAUGUACUAUACUGGUGCAGGCAUGAACCCUGCCCGCUCCUUUGCUCCUGCCAUUCUUACCAGAAACUUCACCAACCACUGGGUGUACUGGGUGGGCCCCGUCAUUGGAGCAGGCCUGGGCAGUCUCCUUUAUGACUUUCUCCUCUUCCCCCGGCUCAAGAGUGUUUCUGAGAGACUGUCUAUUCUCAAGGGUACCAGGCCCAGCGAGUCCAAUGGACAACCAGAGGUCACAGGGGAACCUGUUGAACUGAAGACCCAGGCCCUGUAA